AAUCUAUGCGAAACUGGGGAUGUUUUUUUUCCCUAACUAGCAUUACACACCUCUCUCUCUCUCUCUAAAAACAAAACCCUAACCCUAAUAUCAUCAAAGUCACAAACAAUGGUGUCUUCCAUGGCAGGAGGGUUGAUCCAUGACAUAAAACUAUCCUCGGUCGGGCCGGGAAAUGUGACCGAACCUGACAUGGUUCACGAGCCUAGUGACAUGAACUUGGCAAUGAAGCUUCACUACCUUAAAGGAAUCUACUACUUUGGCAAGCAGGCAUUUGAGGGCCUUACUACACUCAACAUGAAGGAGCCAUUGUUCAUAUUGCUAGACCAGUACCCGGAUAUCUGUGGACGGUUUCGUCGAACUGAGUCAGGCCGGCCUUACAUCAAAUGCAAUGACAGUGGUGUGAGAUUCACUGAAGCAAAGUGCGAGAAAACAAUGGAUGAAUGGCUGGAUAUGACCAAGAAGAAUGCCUCCCUUGAGAAGUAUCUGACUCCAAAUCAGAUCAUUGGUCCUGAAUUAGCAUUUUCUCCCACUUUUCUCUUACAGUAUACUAAGUUCAAAUGUGGAGGAAUGUCUGUGGGCCUGAGCUGGGCCCAUGUUCUUGGAGAUGUAUUCUCAGCAGCAGAAUUCUUGAACCUGUUGGGACAGGUAGUGGCAGGUAAUAAGCCCAACAGGCCCAUUAAACUGGGUCAGAUGAAAUCAAAGUCCACCAAUUCUGAAAGCCCACUAAAGGUGAUGGAAGAUCCACUUUCCAUCAAACGGGUCGGCCCGGUUGGAGACAAUUGGAUAACCGCCAAUAACUGUAAAAUGGAGGAAUUUACAUUCAAUGUCAAUGCCACACAAUUGAGUCAUUUACAGUCAAAACUACUUAGCAAUGGCACGAAUUUUUCUCCAUUUGAGGCUCUCUCUGCUGUAAUUUGGCAAUGCAUAGCGAAAAUUCGAGGCAAAUCGGAAACAAAAGUUGUGACAAUAAGCAAAAAGAGUGAACAAAACAAGGCAGAUGGGAAUAAUCAACUUAUAAGUUUUAUUAAAGCUGAUUAUCCCAUUGUGGAAGCCAAACCUAGUGAGCUAGCAACACUGAUAAAAAACGCAGCAUUCGACGAAGGAGAAAAGAUCGAAAAUGCAAUCAAGAAAGACAGCGGAGUAUCUGAUUUCAUUUUUUAUGGCGCGAAUCUAACUUUCGUGAAUCUUGAAGAAGAGAAGUUUUACGAAUUUGAUUAUCGUGGAGAAAAGCCAAUUCACGUUAGUUAUCGAGUCAAUGGUGUUGGUGAUGAAGGGGCUGUUUUGGUGCUCCCAGGGCCGCCGAAGAACGGAGGGAGGACUCUUAUGGCAAUGUUGCCUGAGAAGGAGGUGAUCGAGCUUAAAUCAGAGCUGAAAAGAGAGUGGUUUAUGGAUUAAAUAAAAUUUCUUGCUAAGUAUUUAUUAGCUUUUGAACGUGGGGAUGAUCUUAUCUAUGUAGUUUUAUAUGCAGUUUCAUUUUC